AUGGCCGCCGCCGACUCCUCCCCACUGCACAUCGUCAUCUUCCCGUGGCUGGCGUUCGGUCACUUGGUCCCCUGCCUCGAGCUCGCCGAGCGCCUCGCAGAGCGCGGCCACCGCGUGUCCUUCGUGUCCACCCCGGGCAUCCUCAGCAGGCUCCGCCCGGUCGCGCCUGCGCUGGCCUCGCUCAUUGACUUGGUGGCCCUCCCGUUCCCGCGCAUUGAUGGCCUCCCCGAGGGCGUCGAGGCCACUUGCGAUCUCCCGCCCGGCAAGGCCGAGCUCCACAUGGAGGCCUUGGACCGCCUCGCCCCGGCCUUCUCCGCCUUCCUCGAUGCCGCCUGCGCCGACGGGAAGGUGGACUGGCUGCUCAUCGACAACUUCCACGCGUCCAUGGCGGACGUCGCCAGCGAGCACAAGGUUCCCUGCAUACUGAACAUGCCCUACUCUGCGGCGACGACAGAGGAUUUCGGCAUUCCAGACCUCAGGACGGUUCCACCAAUGUUCCGGCGAUUUGUUGAGGCCUUCGAGAAAUGCAAACUUAUCGCUGCUCGUAGCAGCUUUGAGUUGGAGCCGGAGUCCUUGCCUCUCAUGACAAAAAUCUUGGGAAAGCCGGUCCUCCCCGUGGGCCUACUUCCCCCGCCGCCCGCCGGAGCCGGAGGUAACAACACACAGCGCGACGACAGUGCAGCCCUGUCGUGGCUCGAUGAGCAGCCGUCCAAGUCUGUGGUUUACGUCUCCUUUGGGAGCGAGUACCCGAUGACGCUCAAGCAGCUGCACGAGAUUGCUCGAGGGCUGGAGCUCGCCGGAACGCGCUUCCUCUGGGCUCUCAAGAAGCCUAAAGGCGUCCACCCCGACGAGGACGUCCUGCCUCCGGGUUUCGAGGAGCGCACGCGUGGGCGCGGCUCCGUUGUCACGGGCUGGGUUCCUCAGACCAGCAUCCUGGGGCAUGGCGCCGUCGCCGCGUUCGUGAUGCACUGCGGCUGGGGCUCCACCAUCGAGGCGCUUCAGUAUGGCCAUCCCCUGAUCAUGAUGCCAAUUCUCGUGGACCACUUGUCCACCGCGCGGGUGAUGACGGACCUGCGGAAGGUCGGAGUCAAGGUGCGAAAGGAGAAAAAUCACGAAGCGUUUCUUGGUGACAACAUCGCAACCGCGAUACGGGCUGUCAUGUGCGAAGAAGAAACUAGGAGGAUCUUUGUGGCCAAUGCUAAGAAGUUGCAGGAGAUUGUGGCAGACGACAAGUGCCACAACAGGUACAUAGACGAAUUCAUUCAGAGCCUGAGAACCUACAAGAACUGA